CAUUUGGGUGUAGCAGGAAACUCCCUCUUAUCUGAGCUCCUCCUGACACAGCAGUGGUGUUCCAUGUCACUGUGAAGUCAGACCAACAGCGCUGUAGCCAUGAGCCGGACAGCUGAGGAGCUGCUAAUCAUCUAUGAAUCGGAGGCAGAACAAUGGGCCACCUAUUUGCAUUCAGUCUUCACCGGUCCAAUCUCAGAGGACGGGAUCUGCUGCUAUGACAUCGCCUCCGUGUCCAGCAGGCAGGACGACUUCCUCCGGCUGGCCCAUUACACCUGCAAGCUCCUGAUCCUCUCUAAAGGCAUGCUGGAGGGGCUGUGCCAGAAGAGGCGCUUCUUCCUGGCCCGUGUAUUGCGUCCCGCAGCUCAAGUGGUGGUGCUGCUGUGUGGGGUGGACAGUCUGACCCCUCUGCUGGAGCUGGUGCCCCUGAACGGGGACGAGUGCCUGAAGGUCUCCAGUGAACAAGAUGCUCAUGAGUACCUGUCCACUGUGACAGAUGUUGUGAGAAAAGGUGCGACAGCAUCAGCGGCAAAUGUCGACACCUUCACACGUAAACUAUCAGGAUCAGAGCAAAAGGUGGAACGGCUGCAGUCAGCUGGAGCCCACAGGGUCACAUCCAGCAUUGUGGUGGUUCCCUCCAGAGUUCCAUGUGGGAGCUCUACGGAAGUGUUCAUUCUUUUGAAAAACGAGUCGGCUGGCAGCGAUGCUGAGCUGGAGUUUACCGGUGAGAAUCAGACGCUGAGACUGAAGCCUGUCUGCUGGAAUGAGCGGAUCCUAUGUGUCAAUGCACCAGAUUUUCCAGCAGGAUAUGUAAGAGUGACUGUGUACAGCGAUGGGGUGCCAUUGAUCAAGACCCAGCUGCAGUACUACAGCAACAUGGAGGAAAUAACCUGCCUUCUGGCAAAGGCGGCAGACCCUGUAGAUUUCAUGUGUCAGGCUCUUCAGGAGUCGUCUGUGGAGAAGCUGGAUCAGAAGUUGUCCUCCAUGUUGUUGGAGGGCAUGCCCACAGGAGGAUUUUGGGGACUGCAGUGUGAAAACACACCUGAAAGAGAGCUUCGCCAUGCAGAUGCACCGUCGCUCCUCCACUUUGCUGCCCGGUAUGGAUUCCAGAGCGUCUGCAGCCUGCUGCUGCAGUGUCCAGGUGCUCAGCGAGCCCUGCACACCGCCAACCGCCAUGGACUGACUCCCACCCAGGUUGCCCAGAGCCACGGCCAUACAGAGCUUUACGCCUUAUUGAAGGAAACCCUGAACACGUUCAACUCCGGCAAGGACAAUAGUGAUGCCAGUGUGUACGAAAUGAUGUGCGCUGCAGGGACUCCUUCCACCAAACAUGACCAGAGAGGAGGGGAUGAAGAGGGGGAGGAGGACGAUCUCUAUGCACCGCUGACGAUGAAUGAUGAAUGUGACACCAUCCGGAACCCGACAGCACUAGUGGUCAUUGCCAAUCGCCCGCCAGCACCCACACCACGGCCUGAGAGCACCCAAGGAAUGGACAGUGGAACCCCUUACAUCACACAAGUGUUCCAGAAGAAGAAGACGCCACAGCACGAUGCUGAUCUGUAUUCACUUCCCACUAAACAAGCACACGGGCGAGAAAACAGCAUCUCUUGCACCUAUGAUACCUUUGUGCCAAACCAGAUAAACGGGCUCCAGCAGCUCACUGAGCUCCAGCAGAGGGUGAAGCCAGCUUCACCCGCUGUGGACGGGGUCCUGGAGCGCAGUGACCGGCAGCGGGUUCAGAAGGGCAUGGAUGGCGUCCAGCAGGAAAAGAUGAAUCAGCUCGGGGCCAGUGUGGUCAACCCAGAGGACGAUCACAGUGUCUAUGAUAAAAUCAACACCAUUCAUCACACACCAAACACAAGUCUUUGA